AUGUCUUCUCUGGCAAAGGCCCUAGAAAAGGUACAUCUCGACCAGGACGAGGAUGAAGAUUUCGAUGAAGAGCUAGAAGAAACAAACGCACACACUUCGUUUCCUUUCUUCGACCUUCCGUCGGAAAUUCGGCUCCGCAUCUACUCAUUCGUGCUCUUCACUCCCCGUCGCAAGAACCAAGCCCUGCGGACCAAUGGCACCGUAGGGGCCUCGUCGAGAAAUCCUCUGCGUUCUCCGGUGUCGCAUCGUAUCAAUUUGUUCCUAGCGUCGCGACGUAUGCAUAAUGAAGCUACCGAUUACUUCUACUCCAGCCAGAUUUUUCGUCUGUUCCAUAUCCAAGAUUACUCCCGGAUGCCAACAGUUAGGUCUAUAUCGUCCCGGUACCUGCCAUCCAUUGCCACCAUCGAGUUGAUCCUGGGCUCCAGUUGGACGGCGCCACCUCGCAGCUGGACGGUCAACCGCAGCCUGGGCCUGGAGGAAAUGGUUCGAGUCCGUACGUUGAAAGUCUUUGUAGAAUGUGACCCCUCACUCCCGGUGUUCGAGGGCUUCCGCGUCUCCGAGAGCUACUACACCGAUUUCGCUGGAGAGUUAAUACAAAAGAUCCUCAAGAGACUACCCAACUUGGUCCAUGUGGAGUUUGACGGAUACCCGUCAGUCCGCAAGAAUGGGCCGUUAAUGAAACGACUGGUGCACGAAACAAGGUCAGCAUCCAAGACAAUUGUAUGGGGUCCUCAGCGAGGAUGGUCAGAUUACGACGAAGAAGAAACUGGCGCCCUUGUGUACGAGCUCAGAAAGCGUCAAUAUAGCCGGUCUGGUAUUAUUUCGCGUCAGAAUCUUCCACUAUUGAGCUGA